AUGGACUUUGACCAGGUACUCCCAGCACCGGGAGACGAAGGCUUUGUGCAGAGCCACGAAGGAGGUGAGUUCCAGCUAUACAACGAUCUCAAAGCCAUGCUCUCGGAAUCUCGGGCGAAGCGCUACGACGGGCGCGAUCGCAGCAGUCGGGUUGCGGAUGCGGCUGCAAAGUGGGACGUUCAGUACGAAGAACUCGCCGAUGCGUACCUGGAAUGGCAAGCCACUCCCCUCUCCCCAACCUACCCCUCUCCUCUCGACGGCGCGACUAGCACGUCCCCGACCCCUUCACCACCAGCCGCCUCCGCGGAGGCUAUCCCCGAGGGCACCGCAUCCGAGCCUCAACCCGAAGCUUCAGCCAAUCCUCUCGUCCGACAUGGCCUCGUGGGAUGCAGCCCCUCUCAGCCGACCGUCGCUAUCUCGCUCCGCACCCUCGAAACCUACCGGCAGACCCAUCGGGUCUGUCCGCGUAUGAGCAUCCAGGCACAGGCAAAGAUGCUGUGUCACAUGCACGGAGUCCCGUAUCGUGCCUACCUGUCCUACCAGUUUCGCGACGCCUACGAUGUGUACCUAGAAGUCCUCCGCCGCGUGGAUCAACGCAUCGCCGCAGUCCUCCAUCACGAUAGCCCGCAUUGGCGGAUGCGCAACUCGUGCCCAGCAUGUCAAUAUCAUCUUCAGGACGAGCCCCCCCUCCGAUUCAGCUUACUUUGCGCCAUGGACGGCAACAAUUCUCUCAAACUCGUCGACCCUCGCAUUCGCUCUGGGAAGGAGCGUCCCGAUCCUCGGUCUGGCUGCUCGGACAUCUGGCUCAGCGAAGCCUACGUUGACCAAUACAAAGACAAAGUCUCGAGCUCCCAGACCCCCUUUCCUCCGCCCAUUUCUUCUGACGAUUUUGAUCCCGAUGCAUCCGACUUACCCCCAAUUGACGCAGGCGAUCCCACGGAGGUUUGUACCGACCGGUGGAGGAACUCCGCUCCAGAGGCGAAGAAGAAGAUGUUCGCUGUAUUCAAGAAAUCCGGCAUCUUCAUCUCUGUCUGCAGACAUGGUAUCCUCCUCAGCAUCUGCGACAUGGUGCGGAGUGGUGAAUUGUGA